AACCUAUCCGACUCUGUGAUACGAAGUGUUAGUAUGAAAUUGCAACGAUCUAUGAAGUGUCAGCGGGCAGGCGGGCAGGCAGCGGCAAUUCCUCCUCUUUCUGUCUUUCUUCUACGUAGAGUAAGUGUUAGUAAAUCCGGUCGGUCGAGAAUCCCUACGUAGAAGAUAUGUUAGCGAACGAGGGAUCCACAAGCGACCUAAGAUGUAUAGUAAAGAACCCCUCUGCCGAGAAAGACCCGACGGCAGCACUGCUUGCAGCCCGGUAUACUGUUAUCUUCGCUCACGACAAGCGCAAAGAAACACUAUUAAAAUCAGUGGGAUCCUCUAUAGCAUUAGUAGAAUCUCAUCAGAGCGAACAAGCGUGUUCGCAUGGUGUGGUUGCCUUUACGGUGCCCUUCGUGGCAGCAGACUUGUCCACAAGCGAGCCAAGCUGAGAGCCCCUGAUGGCUAGCUUCAAAGCCGAGCCGCCAUCGUCAAGAGAACAAGCCAGCCAAGUUGCAGGCUUGACUAGUCUUC